AUCAAAUCUAUUAAUAUAAUGAGUGAAAAAAUUGACUUGCAAUUAACAGGCACUCUUAAGUAAUUGAAUUAGGAUUUUGCAAAUUUCACCAAUAAGAUAUUGAAAGAUGAAGAGAAUAAUUAGAGAUCUUGGAUUGAAUAAUAAUUUAAAAUUACAUAGUCGAUGAAUAUAAUUUUUGAAUGCUGUAUAUCAAAACAAAAAGUACAAAUGCCUGUAAAUUUGUAAUAUUAUUAAUUAGGUUUCGUUUACUUAAUGUAUAAAUAAAAAAAAACAUUUUGAUGAGUAUUUUGAUUUUGAAUAGUUAAUAGUAUAUCUUGGUAUUUUGAAUGGUAAAACAGAUAAUAUAUAAUGUCCUUCUUGCAAAGACUAAAUCAAAUUUUAACAAAAAUCAAGUUUACUAUAAAUUAUACAAGAGAUAAUAAGGCCUCAUGUUUUUUUUUAUAAAUUAAGAAAAUAGGUUGGAAUUUAUCCUAAAGAUAUUAUAUACUACCACAGAUAAAAUUUAAUAAUACCAUUUUAUAAAGCGAAAUAUUAAACUUAUUUUAACCAAUAGUAUCAUUCUGAAGAAUAUGGGAUUGAACGUAUACUCUUAUAACCACCAUAGUAGGAAAAUUAAUUUUUUUCAAUUGCAAAUAAGCUUAAUGAUUAUAAUGGUUGUGAUUUUGUGAAUGUUUGUCUGAUAUCUUAGGUGAGAGUAAAUAUACCUGUUAGAGGUAAUUAAUGUGUUCAUUAUGAAUCAUAUGACUUAAUAGCUUUGCAUAAGCAUUUAUUUGAGUCAGAAUCUAAAAUGAUGAAUUGUACUAUGGAGGGAUGUAAAUCAGUUUUUGUUUUGAAAGAUCCAAAGACAUUUUAGAUAGAUUUUUAAUUAUUAUAAGCUGGUAGAGAAGGGCUUAGCUUUUCCAUAAAUUUUAUUUAUUUACCACAUAUUCAAAAGUUAAGUGAGUUAUUAUAUCAUAGACAAAGAGAUGAAUUUAUAAUCGCAUAUAGAGAAGCUAAAUCUUUGGAAUUGAACUUAGAAUAUUUGAAUAAGAUAUAUGAAAUAGCAGAAUAAAUAUUUGUUAAUAAUGAAAACAAUAAAAAGCAAACAGAAUUAUUUUAAAAAUUACCUAAUAUUAAAAUAUCAGAUGAUGAUGAUUUGGUAAUUUGUCCGAUAACUAAUUUUGGUAUAGAAUUACCAGCGAGAUGUAGAAAUUGCAAAGGUUUAUAAGUAACUGAUUUACGUUAUUUGGUAUGUAUCUUAAAUUAAGCAAAAAAUGAAAAGGAUAUUGAAGGAGUGAAAAAAGUAUAAAAAGCCUGUCCACUUUGUAAUUCUCCUUUUUUGGCUUAAAUUAAACCUCCUUCCAAAUUUAUAGAUUAAAUUUACAUAGAUGUCAAAUUGAUGAAGUUUUUCUUAUAAGCUCCUUUCUAUUAGAGAACUGUGAAAGAUUAUAAAUAGUAUUUAAUGAAAUAAUAACAAUAAGAAACAUAAGAAACAAAUGCAUAAGUAUCUUUAUAAAUAUUCGAUAAAUUGGAAUCGAAAAGUUGGGAAUAAGGAAAGUUAAUUUUUAUGUAUAAAUUAAGUUUAUAUGUAAUAAUUAUUCAUAAUUUUAGUGUAUUUUAACUAAUAAGAGAAUCAAAAUACCAGUAAGAAACAUAAAAUGUACAAAUCAUUAUGAUUGUUUUGAUAAGGAUGCACUAAAAUAAUUUUAAUAAGAGAAAGGCACCUUAGAAAAAAUUUGCUGUCCGAAAUGUUAAGCAAAAUUUGAAUCCUGCUCAAAUUUUUAUAUAGAUUUAGAAUUGAAUGAAAUGUUCUCAAAGCAAGAAAAGGAUUUAUCAUAAACCAAUUCAAAUUUUGCAUUAGUUUAAAUUGGAAGUAAAAAAUUAACUCCAGGAUGA